UUUCGUUUUUCAUAUAUAUUACACAAAAAAAUAAAGAAUAUAUAUAUAAUAAAAAAUAAGUAGAAAAAAGUUGCAUCAAGCUCGGCUAUGCAAUCAUCACAAUUUAUCUAGUUCAAAUGAAUUGAACGAAUUUAUUUUUUUAUGUAAAAUAUUCGUAUUUUACCAUCAAUCUCAGCCUUCAUUAGCCCCUAACUCGUGACAGGGCGAGCAAUGCACAGCUCACUCCACUCGGAAUCGUUUGCUUAAAUAACCUAUGAUUUCAACAAUUUCUAAAAACAAAAAAUAUCCGAGCGAAAAUUCUAUAAACUCAAAGAAAUUCACGACAUAAUAAUUGUCUCUAGUUGUUAUUUUAUCGGAAUUAUCGUCUCUUCAUUGAACUCAAACAAUCAUUGACUCUCAAACAUCAUGUCCAAUACAAAGGAUCUUCCGGAAUUGCAAGUGUUCAAGACUGUACUGUAUUAUUGUAUCUGUAUUGUUGCUAUGCCUCUAGUCUCGUUUUUCGUCAGCAAGAACUUCAUUUUUGACGGAUUACUUGGUUUGAGCUCUGUGCAAAGCAAUAUUUGGGCAGCAAUCGUUGCAAUUGUGGCACUGCACAUAGCUCUCGGAGCAUUUAUCUACAGAGCUUACUUCGGUGGACAAACGAAGCCACCAUCCAAAGCAGACUAGAAAAUUUCUAUUUGGACGAGGAUAGUGGAAUACAACAAACAAGACUCGGGAGUUGAAGGAAUCAAUCAAGUUGAAAUGUGCAUUCUCCAAACGCAACGAAAUGCUUGCAUCAUCCAUCGUGAAAUUGAAAAAAAAAAAUACAAGUCUACGAUAUGAUGAACAAUCGAAAAAUCAAAGUGCAAAGAAAAAAUAAAAUCAUUCGCUGUGUUUCAAUGGUUUGACCUUGGAACCGGCAGAAAAGAAAAACAAACUAUUCAUUCCUAAAAGUACAGAUGUUUUUUUUGCAAUAUAACUCGAUGUUUAAAUUAUUUAAUCAUUUAUUUAGCAUAAAUAAUCACAAUGCGAUAUUAAACUACGACUGGUACAUAAACAACGGCGUCAUCGAUCAAAUUGUCGGAAUUGGUUUAAUAAAGAGAAAUCAUGAUUGAA